CCUCCUCCUCCUCCUCCUCCUCCUCCUCAGUGUUCAGCUGCAGCACCAGCAGCGCCGUGACCAUGAUGCGAUCCGUCCUGCUUGUUUUGGCUCUGACAGCUGCCUGCAGCGGGAUCCUGCCAGAGAUCGCGGACUGGGGGAUCAACCACAUCCCGGAGUGGGAAGUGCGCAUGUUUGAGGGAGAGGAGCAGCCGCCCGAAGAUCCGCAGCUAAAACCUGAAGAUGCGGCUCUGCAAACAAACCAGAGUGUGAGAGAUCUCCCUGAUCAACACAAUGAUCUGCUGAUUGAUAAAGAUUCUAUAGACUCUUCAGCAGACCAGGAGACUGUCAAUAGUACUGAAGAAGCCCAAGCAGGUGAACUGGGGAACAAUAUUGAUAAUGGAUGUAUCUCUGAUGAAGAAUGCGGGAAAGAGAGGUAUUGCUUUUAUGACACACAAAAUUCUAAGUGUCGCCGAUGUAAAGACACAGAUGAGUCCUGCAGUAAAGAUGUGGAGUGCUGUGGGGAUCAGCUGUGCAUGUGGGGUCAGUGCACCCAAAAUGCAACAAAGGGAAAAGCAGGCAGCACAUGUCAAUACCAGACUGACUGCAGCCCAGAGCUCUGCUGUGCUUUCCACAAAGCCCUGCUCUUCCCUGUUUGUUUGGCCAAGCCCAUUGAGCGGGAGCGCUGUUUGGAUUCCUCCAACCACCUGAUGGAGCUGCUCUCCUGGGACGUGCAGAAUGAGGGACCAAGGAGACACUGUCCCUGUGCAGGAGACCUUCACUGCCAGCACCUGGGGCGAGGCUCCAUGUGCCUGAAAGAAGAAGACUCAAGUGAAGAGGACCUGACAGACUCCCUGUACUCUGAAAUAGACUACAUCCUUUAAACCUCAUUCAGUUCGAAUCAGCUCUUAAAAGCAUGUACAGCCAUUGUUAUUGUAUCCUAGGUCGUUUUUGCAAAACCAAUGAGCUUUAUGUUAGCGAUUUUAGUUCAAAACUGUAACACAGCACACCCAUCUUAAAAAAUAAAAUCACCUGUACAGGUAUGUCACAUUGUAUCAGCAAGUAUAACGGCUUGGCUGAUUAUUUUAGGUCAAAUCGGAUUGAAAAUGCUUAGAAACACAAAAUGGAAGCAAAAUAAAUGACAGAAAUAUGUAUUGUGAUUCUUUUUUUAGAAGUUUACCGUUAAUCCAAUGGAUUUAACCACUGAACCUCACGAGUGUAAAACAUUGCUAUUGAAAGUUAGAAGAUGCUAAACUCUGCAGGAGUUUCUGCUGUCAGAAACUGUGUUGCUCCUCUCCAAAGUCAUUUAUUUCAAAGAUUGAGGUGUCAACAUGUUUCUGCCCAGAACUUCAGUGUGGUUUCAGAACAUAAAUGUAUGCUUUAGUCUUCUGAGAUGAACUAACAGUAACCACCUACCAUGUUCAGACCCACACACCCAACCAGACCCCUCCAUACUAGUGAAAACGUGAUACAAUAUUGGGAUUUAUAAAAAAAAAACUAUUGAGAAGUACUUUAAAUACUCUAAUAUUCAUCUGGCUCUUCAUUGUACAAAGCGUAGAUCUUUCUAGCUAAAUGAAGGCGAUACAGGAUCUCAGAUUUGUGUGAUUAAAUUUGGACUAAAUGAAAUAUUUGAGUCACAGGUUCAAUAAGAAAUAUUCUAGCUCCAUGUUGUUGAUCACCUUUUGACACAUCCCAUCAGGGGUUGCCACAGCGAAUCAGCUUUUACUCAUUCAUAAAAUCUGGAAUGAAAUAAAAGUAUUUUUUUCUGUCUCAACA